AUGGCAGGAAAAGGUGAGUUGAGAGAGAGUUUUUUGCAGAAGAAAAGUGAUUCAGAGAUAAUUGAAAAUGAAGAAUCAGUUAGGAAAAGGAUAUGGGAAGAAAGCAAGAAAAUUUGGGUGAUAGCAGGACCUGCAAUACUCACAAGAUUUUCAGCAUUUGGCAUAUAUAUUGCAAGUCAAGCUUUCAUUGGGCAUAUUGGUUCCACAGAACUUGCUGGAUAUGCACUUGUUAUCACUGUUCUAAACAGAUUUGCAACUGGAAUAUUGAUAGGGAUGGCUAGUGCAUUGGAGACACUUUGUGGACAAGCAUAUGGAGCAAAACAAUACCACAUGCUUGGAGUAUAUCUACAAAGAUUUUGGAUACUAUUGUUUUUGACAACAAUGUUAUUUCUUCCUCUAUUCAUUUUUGCCGCACCAAUUUUUGAGGCAUUAGGCCAAGAAAAGAGCGUUGCUGAAAUGGCAGGAAAAAUUGCACUUUGGUCAAUAGGUUUAGCUUUGGCUAUGGUUGUAUCAUUCACUUGCCAAACAUUCUUGCAAGCACAAAGCAAGAAUGUGAUUAUUGCUUAUUUAGCUGCAUUUUCUGUUGUUGUUCACCUUUUGUUGUCUUGGCUUUUGACUUUUACGUUUGGGUUUGGACUUAGUGGUGCAAUGAUAUCAUUGUUAUUGUCAUCAUGGUUACCAAAUAUUGGUCAACUCAUUUUUAUUAUGACUAAAUGUCAUGAUACUUGGAAAGGCUUCUCACUUUUGGCUUUCAAAGAUCUUUGGCCUAGUGCCAAGCUUUCUCUCUCUGCUGGAAUCAUGAUGUGCCUUGAGAUAUGGUACAAUACAAUUUUGAUUCUCUUAACCGGAAACUUUAAAGAUGCUAAGGUUGCCAUCAAUGCUCUAUCCAUAUGCCUAAACAUCAAUGGAUGGGAAAUGAUGAUUGCCCUUGGCUUUUUUGCUGUAGCUGCGGUUCGAGUGGCGAAUGAACUUGGAAGAGGGAGCUCAAGAGCUGCAAAAUUUUCAGUCGUCAUGACUGUAGUCACAUCGUUUGCCAUUGGAUUCAUUUUUUUCUUGGUAUUCCUAUUCUUGAAGGAAAAACUUGCUUAUGUUUUCACUUCAGAUCGUGCUGUGGUUGAUGCUGUUGGAGAUUUAUCAUUUUUGCUUGCACUUUCAAUCUUAUUGAAUAGUAUACAACCUGUACUCUCUGGAGUUGCUGUUGGAGCUGGAUGGCAAAACAUUGUUGCAUAUGUAAACAUUGGUUGUUAUUACAUAAUUGGUAUUCCUGUUGGAGUACUCAUUGGUAUUGUUUUUGAUUAUAAAAUCAAGGGUAUUUGGAUUGGCAUGUUGUUGGGAAUUUUUGUUCAAACCGUAAUGCUAAUUAUCAUCACUUGCAACACUGAUUGGAAAAAGCAGGUAGAGGUAGCCCAAAAGAACAUCAAUAGAUGGGCUGGCAACAAAACUCAAGAAUCAAAUGGCAGUGGAACAAGUCUCUUAGCUAAUGAAGAAUAG